AUGUCUCCCGGUGCUCCCCCUGUAGGCCAGGAGAAUAUCAACACCGAUAUCGUCACCCUCUCCCGAUUCCUCACUGAGGAGCAGACCAAGUACCCCGAUGCCUCGGGUGACUUUACUCUCCUUUGCCACGCCCUCCAAUUCUCCUUCAAGUCUAUUGCCUACUACAUCCGACGUGCAUCAUUGAUUAACCUGACUGGUCUGGCCGGUUCUUCCAACAUCACCGGUGACGAUCAAAAGAAGCUGGACGUAAUCGGCAAUGACAUCUUCAUUUCCGCCAUGCGCGGUUCAGGAAAGUGCCGUAUCAUAGUCUCAGAGGAAGAAGAGGAAGUUAUCAAGUUCGAUGAGUACCCGAACGCCCGGUACGCCGUAGUGUGCGACCCCAUCGACGGUUCCUCCAACCUGGACGCAGGUGUCUCGGUCGGCACCAUCUUUGGCGUAUUUCUGCUCCCAGACGACCUCAUCGGAAAGUCUGUCGGCCCCCAGGAUCUCCUGCACCCAGGUACUAGCCUCGUCGCAUCCGGAUUUACCAUGUACGGUGCCUCAGCACAGCUGGUCAUCACCAUGCGCGGCGGCGGCGUGAACGGCUUCACUCUCGAGAACUCGCUGGGCGAGUUCAUCCUCACCCACCCCAACAUGAAGCUUCCUCCUAAGCGAUCCAUCUAUUCAGUCAACGAGGGUAACAGCAUGUACUGGGACGAGUGGUGCAACGAGUACUUCCGCUCCCUCAAGUACCCACCUGAGGGCGAGAAGCCCUACAGUGCCCGUUACAUCGGUUCUAUGGUCGCCGAUGCUUACCGAACCCUACUUUACGGCGGUAUCUUCGCUUACCCUGCUGAUUCUAAGAGUCCCAAGGGUAAGCUGCGUAUCUUGUAUGAGUGUGCACCGAUGGCUAUGCUGUUCGAGAACGCCGGUGGCUUGGCUGUCAACUCGCGUAUGGAGCGGUUGAUGGAGGUUGUCCCUGAGAACAUCCACGAUAAGAGCGGUGUCUUCCUUGGUUCUAAGGACGAGGUACAAAAGGUCAUUGAUACGUACAACAAGUACCAGAAGAAAUAA